AUGCAGCUGGGUUUGAUGCAGAUCUUUGGUUCUUUUCAGGGAGUCUGGGUCGGACUGUAUGACAACAAGACRGACUGGAGGUGGUCCAUGUCUGACAGCCAUUUCUACAACAACAACACAGAGUUCAGAAACUGGACCACAGGUCAACCAAACGGCUAUGGGACGACAGGUUUUGGUGCAUGUAUGGAUACAAGUGGAGGAUGGAACGAUAUCCCCUUUGAUACGAGGUUAAAAUCCAUCUGCUCUGAAGUCACAGGACAGAAUGUAAAUUUUAUCUACGUCRGCUCUGACAUGAACUGGACCGACGCUCAGAGCUACUGCAGAGAACAUCACACAGACCUGGCCAGCAUCAGGAACCAGGCGGAGAACCAGAAGAUGAUGCAGCUGAUACCUUCAACCCAAAGAGCCUGGUUUGGUUUGUUCAGGGAUUCCUGGAAGUGGGUGGAUGGAAGUAAAAACUCCGUCAGUUACUGGGCAGCAGGAGAACCCAACAGCCUGUCGUCUAACUGUGUUGCAGCAGCUUUUACCAAGUCUGGAAGAUGGGAGGACUGGGGCUGUGAAAAAAAGAUUCCAUUUAUUUGUUUUAGCGGUGAGCUGAUGUUUCAUUUGUGGAGGCCAUUUAUCUCCACACAGUCUGAUCUAAACUCUCAGGAAAACGAGUUUGGUUUUAGUCUGGUUCUGAUCCGUCUGCUGACGUCUGUCCCUGCAGCUCUGUGUUCCAGCUCCUCGGCUGUUAAACGUCAGUACCAUUUCAUUUAUGAGCCGAAGAACUGGACCGAGGCUCAGAGCUACUGCAGAGACCAGUACACAGACCUGGUGACGGUCAACACCUCAGCUGUUGUGACCCUGCUGAACAGUAAAGCCGUCCUGAGCCAACUGGGCCUCAGCAAAGACGCCUGGAUUGGUUUGUAUUUUGACGUGAUCAGCUGGGAGUGGUCGUUGUCAGAUGUAGAUUUCUACAACGGUCAGGUCAACUACAGAAACUGGAUGGCAGGACAACCAGAUAGCCAGUGGUACUCACAAGAAUGUGCACGCAUUUAUUCCUCUGGAACGUGGACGGAUAAUCUCUGUGAUUCACAGUGGACCUCAAUCUGCUCCAAUGUCAGCGGAACGAAUGUGUCUUUUUUCUUCAUCAACAAGCUCAUGUCGUGGCCCGAAGCUCAGAGCUACUGCAGAGAACAUUACACAGACCUGGCCAGCAUCAGGAACCAGGCAGACAACGACAAGAUUAGCCAGCUGAUACCUGGAGUUUACUCCUGGACUGGUCUGUACAAAAACACCUGGAAGUGGUCCAAUGGACCCAUGUUCAUUUACAAAUACUGGGCAGCCACGCCUCAGGGUAGUGAAAAGAAAUGUGCAGCUGCAGAUUUUGGAGUUUCUGGGCUGUGGAGGGACUGGCAGUGUGAUGUAAAGAAAGCCUUCAUCUGCCACCAUGCUCUGUGUGCCGUCACCUCUGCCGUUAAACGUCAGUACCACUUCAUUUAUGACCCAAAGAACUGGACCGAGGCUCAGAGCUACUGCAGAGACCAGUACACAGACCUGGUGACGGUCAACACCUCAGCUGUUGUGACCCUGCUGAACAGUAAAGUCGUCCUGAGCCAACUGGGCUCCAACAAAGACGCCUGGAUUGGUUUGUACUAUGAUGUGAUCAGCUGGAAGUGGUCGCUGUCGGACAAAGAGUUCUACUCAACAUCUUCUAUUCCAAAAGCUGCAAACUACAGACACUUUGCAUCAGGAGAGCCCAACAGUUACUGGUUCACCGGAGAGUGUAUUUUUAUGUACGACAAUGGUCUGUGGAACGAUGCUCCCUGUGAGUGGACCUAUAACCCCAUAUGUGCCGAUACCAACGGGACAAACGUGAGUUUCGUCUUCAUCAACAAGCUCAUGACGUGGCCUGACGCUCAGAUCUACUGCAGAGACCAUCACACAGACAUGGCCAGUGUCCGGAGCUUCGCGGAAAAUGAGCAGAUAAGAACACUGAAACCUGCAGGACUGAUUGUCUGGAUCGGUCUUUACAAAGACACCUGGAAGUGGUCCAAUGGACCCAUGUACAUAUAUCGUCCCUGGCAAUGGACACCAAGAGGAGGAUUGUAUAAAUGUACUUCCGCAGCAUUUGCAUCCUCUGGUUACUGGCAGGACUGGACAUGUGACAUGAAGAAAGCGUUUAUCUGCCACCACGAUCCGGUGCCAUUUUCUAGGCAUAUUGUAAAAGUGAAGCUGGAGCCGAACCCGUCUCUGGAUCUGAAUGAUCCUGCAGUUCUGGGCGAUCUGCAGAUGAAGCUGGAGGAGAAGCUGAAGGAGCAGGGAGUGACAGCUGACAUCACACUGAGCUGGAAGACACAACCGAAAGGAAACAUCUUCUUUGUGGACAAGAAGGACCAGAAAUAAGAGACAGACGUGGAUAAAAAGUCUGUUUUAGGAAUCUAAAGACGUGGUGAUAAAGCAGUUUCCAAACAAGCCUUCAUUCACAGAAAAUAACUGACAGUUCCCCUGUUCCCUGAAGGACAAACUGUGAAGCGUUUUCAUUA